AAUCAAAGAAUGAAACAAAUUCAGUGGUGGUUUAUUGGUGGUGAAGAACUAUUUAGUUCAACUAUUCAACAGCUAUUGCCGUUUAUACAUGAUGAAUGUCAUCUUCUAAAUACAUAUGGACCAGCAGAGAUAACAGAAACAGCAACAUGUUAUGAGAUAUGUCGUGAAGAUCUUUCUCAAAUGAUUUCAAUUCCGAUUGGUCAUCCAUUGUAUGGUUAUGAUAUUUAUGUUGUUGAUGAAUAUCGACAAGAAGUGAUACCUAAUCAACAAGGUGAAAUUGUUAUUGGAGGUGUUGGUGUGUUUGGAGGAUAUUAUGAACGAGAAGAUUUGAGUGAACAAGCGUUGAUUGAUAUGAAUGGAGAAAAGUGCUAUAUGACAGGUGAUUUUGGUCGAAUCGAUGGUGAGACAGGUGAAUUAAUAUUUAUGGGAAGAAAGGAUUAUCAAAUAAAACUUCGUGGACAACGUAUUGAUUUAUCAGUAAUCGAAUCAGUAAUAAUUCAAUCAUCAUCAGAUAUCUUGAAUUGUAUUGUAAUUAAAGAAGAAGCAUCGAACGAUAGCUACUUAUCCGCUUAUAUAAAACUAAGAGGAGACAAAAACAAAAAUAACAUUCGUACUGAACUUAUCGAGAUUUGUCAUAAUCAUUUACCUUCAUAUAUGAUUCCAUCAAAAUGGGUUUUUGUAUCUGAAUUUCCAUUGAAUGUCAAUGGUAAAAUUGAUCGACAUCAGUUAUUACAUCUUUCAGAAAGUGCUGAUUUACAGUCCUUAUCUCCAUCAUUAAUGACAUUGUCACCACUCGAAAAAAGAUUAGAAGAUAUUUUUCUUCGUGCUUUUAAUCUAAAAACAUCUCCUGACAUAUCAAAAUCAUUUGGUCAACUUGGUGGAACAUCGUUAGGUGCUAUGCAUGCGUUGAUCUUAAUUCGACAAGAAAUAUUUGAACAAAUGGAUAUUAGUCUUCUCUUCACUAAUCCAUCAAUACAACAAUUAGCUACAGUAUUAGAACUACUUUUAAAUAAUUUGAAAUCUAUCGAAGAGAAAAUCACGAAUGAGGAGAACUUUGCUAUUAGACCUACUUCAUCAUGGUUCAUUGAAACAUUCGGUAUACUAUUACUGGCAUGGCAAUGGUUAUGGCCAUUUUAUAUUGCAAAUCAUUUCAAUAUUUUUUUUCUUCGAAUAUUAUUCAUUCUAUUAAUACAUUUAUUCCAAUAUCCUCUAUUUAUUAAAAUUUUAAAUAGACCAUUUCUACGCAAUCGUGAUGCUUUGUAUUCAUGGUCUUAUUAUCGUCUAUGGUUUUUACGACGUCAGUGGUCAUUGAAUAAAUAUUGGUUAGGAUAUCUGUUUGGUACUCGAUUUUAUAAUAUGUAUCUUCGUCUAUGUGGCGCUCGUAUCAAUGACACAGCACAAAUCUAUACAAGUGAAAUUGAUGCACCUUGGUUGAUUGAAGUGGGUAAUUUUAGUUACAUUGGUGAAGAAGUUGUUCUCUCGUCUGUUAGUUAUCACGAUUAUAGUUAUGAUUUACAUGAAAUUCAUAUUGGAUCUCAUUGUUCGAUUGAAACAAGAAGCGUUCUACAUGAUCGAGUUGAUAUGCAUGAUGGAGCAUUUAUAGCUCCAUUAACAGCUAUUACAGGUCGAAUUCUUGGAAUAAAUGUCGAUAGUAAAAUUUCAAGUGAAUACCAUCUUAGUCACUCAAUAUUUCAGUUUAUGAUGGUUUUAUCAAUGUUUUGUAUUCAUGCAUUCAUUCUUCAAUGGAGUUGGUCUGCAUUGCCGUAUCUAUCUGUAUGUUGGUUUAUUUGGUCAAUUGUGGGUGCAGCCGUUAGUUUACUUCUUCUUCGAUUUGUAGUUGGUAAUGUUGAAGAAAAUUUUUCUCAUUCAUAUAAUUCCUGGCCAUUUCUUCGUCGAUUUUGGUUACGUCAAUUAGUUAUACAUUCAUUUAGUCCAUGUUUAUCAAGUAUUUUAGAUGGAUUAAAUUUUAUUACUCCAUCAAUACUUCGUUGGUUAGGUGCAACAAUCGAAAAUAAUAAUAUUGAAAUUGUAGAUUUUGUUCCAUUUUUAUCAAUACCAUCGAAUCUUUUAACAAUCAAUUCUAAUGUAACAACAACAUCAGAAAUCUGUUUUGUUCCAUAUGAUAUUACUAUUAAUGGUCAAUGUGUUGUCAAUGGUCGAAUUCAAAUUGAUCGUCGAUCAUUUCUUGGUAAUAAUUGUCUUAUUCGAUCAGGUGUUUCUAUUCCAGAAGAUGUUCUUAUUGGCUCUUUAACACGAAUUGAUUCAACAACAAUUAUAAUGAAAAAUGAUAUUCUUCUUGGUGUUCCAGCUCAAUCCAUGCCAUUCAUUUUAUCAGAUACAGACGAAACACAAAAAGUAGCUAAUGACUUUCAACGAAUUGCCAUGGAAUUUAUUCAUUUUGUUUUACUUGAUAUAUUACCAACUUUCUUACUCAUCUAUUCAUUUCUUAUUCAAUUUAUAUAUGUCUAUUUAAUGAUUAACAAAUCAAAUCAAUCAUUCGAUAUAGUAGAUUCAAAUUGGAAGAUAUCAUUAGCAAUGAUAUUCUAUUCUCAAUAUGCAAAAUACAUAGGUCGUUUAUUAGGUGGAACACAAUGGCUCAUCAUUAUUCUUCGUCAAUUCGGUGCACAUAUUGCUAAUGAUGUUAUCAUUGAUGAUAUCAAUUCAUUAUAUGAUGUCCAUUUGAUUACGAUUGAUGAUCAUGUGCGUCUAUCAUCAACAUGUCAAAUACAAUGUCAUACAUUUGAACAACGUCAUUUAAAACUUCGUCCUGUUAAAAUUGGUUCAUAUUGUAUUUUUAAAGCCAUGUCAUUCGUAUUACCUGGUGUAGAAUUUCUUGGUUAUAAUUAUUUAUUUCCUUGUUCACUUGCUUUACCUCAUGAUCAAUUUAAAAUACAUACGGAUUGGUUUGGAUCACCAACAAAACGUCUUAUUGUACAUCAUGGUAUUGAACCACCACGAUUAAUACUUGCUCAACAACCAUCGUCGAUAGAUAAUUACAAUGUAAUUGUUGCACGAACUGAUGAUGAUAUUCUUAGUCUUUAUUUUGGAGAAAAUGGAUGGAUGAGUUGGCAAUCAGGUCUCAAUUUACGACAACCAUUUCGACCGAAUGAUAUUUAUAUAAGAUUAUUUUUCUCAUCAUUUCUAUGUAAUUCAAAACCUAAACGUAUUCUUAUUGUUGG